AUGCUUUUCUUUGCAGGUUCAGCAUUAAAAUAUUCGGUUGAAGGUGUCCGCCGCUGUUGCGGUGCGCGUUGUCUCCAGCGGGGGGCGCCCCUUCGCCUCGGACCGCACGUCUUCGUCUCGCCUUGUGAGUCGGGACGGGUGCGGUCUGGACUCGCUCGCCGCCCGGUCGUCAUGAACCCGCUGGACUUGGAAGAAGUGGAGCGGCGCCGUCCGUGGGCCCGCUUCUCAUCGUGGCUCGAGUGCGCGUGCGUGGUCACCUUUGACCUGGAGCUCGGCCAAGCCAUCGAGCUGGUUUACCCUCCGGACGUCAAGUUGACCGAGAAGGAGAAAAGCAGCCUGUGCUACCUUUCCUUCCCGGACUCGUACUCAGGAUGCAUCGGGGACACUCAGUUCAGCUUCAGGAUGCGUCAGUCUGUCGGUCGCAGACGUUGCCGACUGCGCGACGAGCGAUACAACAAGGACGCCCCCGCUGCCCUGCAGAGCGAAGCGUCACACUUCUAUGGUUACGUUUACUUCCGACAAGUCAAGGACCCGUCGGUCAAGCGAGGAUACUUCCAGAAGUCUUUGGUUCUGCUGUCGCGGCUCCCUUUCGUUCAGCUCUUCUACUCCGUGCUGCGCAUCGUGGCGCCAGACUUUUUCCACAAGUCACAGCCCUGCCUCGAAGCAGUGUGCAAGCAGAUGGACCAGUGGCCUUUCCUCGCCGCCGGCCUGACCUUCAACCUCCCGCUCUUAGGUGUGGUGCUACAGGUCCAAAUUCCGUGCCGGAAGGACAAAGCGGGCAGUCCGGUCAGGGCCUCUCCCGAGGAGAUGGGGACGCGCGGCCACGCGGCGCCCGGGCCGACUCUGCUGCCUUCCGUCCACGAGCCGGACCUCUUCAGCUGUUUCCGGUCGGUCCUGAUCCAUCUGCAGACGUUGUGGGAACUGGCCUUGCUGGGCGAGCCCGUGGUGGUGGUGGCGCCGUCUCCGGCCGCCUCCUCGGAAACCGUCUUGGCGCUCGUCAGCUCCAUCGCCCCGCUCAAGUUCUGCUGCGAUUUCCGUCCGUACUUCACCGUCCACGACAGCGAAUUCCGAGAAUACACCACCAGGACGCAGGCGCCGCCCAACGUGAUCCUGGGCGUGACCAACCCCUUCUUCAUCAAGACCUUCCACAACUGGCCUCACGUGCUGCGACUGGGAGAGAACGCCACGUCGCCAGGUGACGUCCCGAAGCAGCUCAGGAUCAAGAAGGUGGCCAAACUCAAGACGCUGGACGGCAAACCAGGCGUGUUCACGGCCUACGAGAGCUUCCUGCUCAAAGACAAGGUCCUCGUCAAGCGACUGCUGAAGGGCGUUCAGAGGCGGCGGCCUUCCGAGGUGCAGAGCGCCAUCUUGAGGAGACACUUUUCCGAGCUGACUCACAGCUUCAUGGGCCCGCUGGAGCGCUACGUGGCCGGCCUGAUGCCGCCGAGGAGGUCCGUGACGCCCUGGAAGACGCCCCCGCAAAUUCGGCCCUUCGCUCAGGAAGAGUUCACGUCGGCGCUGGAGCGCGACGGCCCCCGGCCGAGCUCGGCGCCGCGAGGCGAUUGGACGGGACUGUACAGGAGGUUCUUCAAGUCCCCCAAUUUCGACGGCUGGUACCGCCGCCGUCUCCGAGAGAUGAGCGGCCAACUGGAGAGUCUCCACCUGGAGGUCAUCUGCGAGGCUGACCUGCUGGGAUGGACUCGCGACAAGUCGGAAGUGGAGAUCGUCGACUUGGUCGUGAAGCUGCGAGAGAAAUUGACGAGAGCCGGAAGGCAGCAGCUGCGGCCGCCGGCCGACCUGCUCCGGAGGCUGGAAUCGCUCAUCGGGUCCAUCGUGAGCUCGCUGCCCAAAGACCUGCAAGCUGUGCUCCACGCGCAGUAACGCGCACGCGUCAGGUCAGUGAAGCUUGACGUGCCAUUGCAGACAUUUUGUUUCUACGAGCUGCCCCCCCCCCACCCCACCCCGGACAAAAUGAUCCCGUCGCCCCCGAUGAGUGACAAUUGAGCAUUUAUUGCAAUGGUCGGCGU